AUGAUUAUGAAGUAUAUGCACUUAUCGAAUCUGCACGUCGGUACAACGCAAUUGAUAUUUCUUACUAGACAGCAGUACUGGAUUUUGGGCGUGCGAAACAUCGCGAGACGGAUUGUACAUAACUGCAUUACUUGUUUCAAAUUACGUAAGGCUACACAAACUCAGAUGAUGAGUGACCUGCCUGUUGAGCGUGUGCGAUUUCAACGACCUUUCAGCAAGGUGGGCUGUGAUUAUGCCGGUCCAUUCUUACGCAAAGUAGAGAUUGGUAGAGUACCAAGGAAAGUGAAGUGUUACAUUGCGCUUUUCGUGUGUUUUACAACAAAGGCGAUUCAUAUAGAGCUAGCAGGAGAUUUAACUACCGAGUCAUUUAUUGGAGCUUUAGAUCGCUUCAUAUCGCGCCGUGGAAAACCAUUGGAAAUAUGGUCGGAUAACGCAACGAACUUCAUUGGAGCGAAACGAAAACUCGACGAAAUGCAACAAAGUAUAGAAACGAACUACAAAGACAUAAACACAGCUGAAUUUCUUUCAAAAAAUGGUAUCACAUGGCGAUUUAUUCCCCCGUCGUUACCACACUUUGGUGGAUUAUGGGAAAGUGGCGUUAAGUCCAUCAAAACUCAUUUGAAGCGCGUAAUUGGACAGACUGCCUUGACCUAUGAACGUUUUUAUACCUUACUAACUAGAAUUGAAGCACUUCUUAAUUCUAGGCCGUUGUGUCCCAGUAAUGAUGGCGAAAUUGAUGCACUUACUCCAGCUCACUUCCUUAUUGGUCAACCGUUAACUGCCAGAACUGAGGUGCCUGUGGAUUCAACGAUAAAUACGGACCCAUUGAAGCAAUGGGAUAAG